AUGAGAGCAAAGGACAUUUUUGAUAGACAAUUUUGGGGUAGCUAUCGUUUGGAAAAAGCCAGCUUUCCAGAAGGUGUCCUUGUAUUCGGUCAAUAUACUUUCAUAAACUGCACAAAUCUGAAAACAGUAUCCCUACCAUCUUCUCUUUGGAGCAUAGGUGAUGGAACAUUCUAUAAUUGCAUUUCACUCCAAAGUAUUGAUGUUUCAAUGCUUAAUUAUCUUCCAUUAUAUUCAUUUUAUAACUGUUCUUCAUUAACAACUGUUAAAAUCGGAAGUUCAGUGAAGUUAAUUGGUGAAGGUGCCUUCUACAACACUAAUAUAAAGUCAUUUACAGUACCUGACACAUGCAUUCUUUUACAACCUAAAGCAUUUGCAUAUACCAGGAGUUUGAAAGAAGUAACCAUUGGCCAGGGAAUCAAAUCAUUACCAGCAUUGCUCUUUUCAGGAUCAUAUGUAAAGAAAGUCAAGAUUUCAUCUCAAGUAAUUUUUAUUGAUCCAUCAGCUUUCAAUAAUGCGCCAUAUUUAACAGUUUCUUUCUCUAGCAAUAGUCCUUAUUUCACAAUCAGUGACCAUAUGAUCAUCGAGAAGGUAUCUGGAAGAUUAAUUGCUUCUUUUGGUGCACUUCCAAUUGAUUAUUCAAUUCCAUCAGAUGUUGAAUUUAUUCCUCCAAACGCUCUCCUUAAUAAUGCCGAAAUUGUUUAUACAAGAAAUGGAGUUUUCUUCAAAGAACCAUCAGCCGCAGUUUUAAGAAUUCCUGAAAAUGUUAGAUACAUUGAUGCAAAUAAUGUUUUAGGAGUUUAUGUUGCUUGCAGUGAUGGAAAGUACUUCCAUUCAAAUGAAGAUGGUGAUUCAGUUAUAUCAGUUGCUGAAUCAAAAUAUUCAAAUGCCCAGCUGUUUGGAAACCAAGUUACCACAGAAACAUGCGAUUCAGUUAAAAAGAGAAUACCUUCAAGCUAUUUGUGGUACCAUGAUCUUGCAAAUGUUUCUGAUCAUGUAAGAAGAAGCUUAAUCAUUGCAGUAUCUAUCUUUGCAGUUUUCAUUGUCGCCAUAAUAAUUCUUUACUUCGUUUAUCCAAGUUGGCACUUCAUGCCUCGCUUAUGUGGAAAGGAAGACACAAGUGGUAGCCAAGAAGGUGGAAGCUACAGAAGUUUCUCACAUCAUUCAUCAAGAAAACAAGAAAAUACCAAUUACAAUAAAGAUGAAUAUGAUGGUAUCGCUCCAAGACAGACAAGAGUUGAUAGACCACGUCAAGAAUGGGAACAAGGUACUGAUGGCUAUAACUAUACUCCACCACCAGAUGGUCCAAUGCCUUGGAAACUGCCAAAGGAUGACAGUUUAAUUAUUCCUGAUAAUUAA